AUGAUUAUCCUUUUGGCUCUUUUCAAAGAUAUUGAUCAAGGUUGUUACAUAAAUGACGGGAAAACACUUAAUAAAGUCAAUGAUACAUCACCGCAUCUUAGGAUAUCAGCACGGUGUGAAGAAAUAAAAGAAAGUUGCUUUUAUAAACUAAAUUCGUUGAUUUCGUUUUCCUUUGAAGACCACCCUAACUUAACAACAAUUGGAAGUUCCAGCUUUCAAUCAUGCAUACAUCUUUCCAUUGCUAAUUUAUCAUCCUGCAUUAAACUUAUAACAGUUUCUUCCUAUGCUUUUAGUUCUUGUGAUGAAAUUAGUAUGAUUCUAUUACCAACAGGACUUCAAGAAAUCCAAAUAUCUGCUUUUCAAUAUGAUAAGUUAUUAACUAGUGUAAUAAUUCCAGCAUCAGUGGAAAUUAUUGGUAGUACUGCCUUUUCAGAUUGCGUUAAUUUAAAAAAUGUUACUUUUGAAGAAGGUUCUAAUCUAUUAACUUUAGAAUGGGCUGUAUUUUCUGGAUGCUCGAUAAGUUCAUUUCAAAUUCCAGAAAAAGUUACAAAUGUUGAUGGAUAUGCAUUUACAGAUGGAAAACUAACAAAUCUCACGCUUCAUCCAAAGAAUGAAUACUUAUUUGUAGAAAAUAACACAGUAUUUUCGGCAGAUAAAUGUAUUUUAUUCUUUAUUUCUAAUAAAACUUUCGAAACAUAUGAAAUUCCGAGUUUUGUUUCAACAUUAGGACAGGGCUGCUUCUAUAAAUCAAAGAUAACCGCAAUAGCAAUACCAGAAAAUGUAAAAAGGAUUGAACAAAUAUGUUUUUGUGAUUGUAAGAAUUUGAUAAAUGUUACAUUUUUAGGGCCUCUAGAAAACAUUGGUAGUAAUAUAUUUGCACUUAGUAAUAACAUUGAACUUAUUGUCUUUCCGAAUACAACAAUGAAAGUUGAAGGAUAUGAAUUCAUUUCAAACAGAUCUCCAAAAAUCCGAAUGAAAUUCACUUGUAAAAUUCGAUUUAAUUAUAAUUCAAUUUAUAGAAUUACAAAUGUCUCAAUAUCAUAUCUUGAUAAACUAGAUCUUGUAAUAGACAAAAAUACACUUAUAAUGGAUUCAUAUCAAACAAAAAUAUAUGAAUUCUGGGGUUUCAAUGUCUUAAAGAUUACUAUUCCGAAAACUGUUUCAAGAAUCAGAGAAAGUGCUUUUGAAAACUCGACAAUUCGACAGAUAGAUUUUGAAAAAGAUUCGCAGCUUGUUGAAAUUGAGAAUUAUGUAUUCAGAAACUGUUCAAUGUUAGGAUCCAUUAACUUUUCUUCUUUAUAUUUGCGAUCUCUCGGAUUUUCAGCUCUAAAAGAUUGCAUUUUGUUAUCUUCUGUAAGUUUUGCAUCAUCAGAUGUUGAAGUGAUGAAUAAUGCCUUUGAAAAUUGCAUUAAUUUAGAAAGUGUUAAUUUUAUGAAUAAUAUUCUUGAUAACUGUUUUUCAGGAUGUACUAAUUUAAGCCAAAUUAAUAUUAAAGAAGGAUCAGAGAUUAUUGGAGUUGGAUCAUUUGAAAAUUGUAAUUCUUUGGAGAAAUUAAAUAUACCAUCAUCUGUGAAAAUUAUUUCAGAUUAUGCUUUCAUUAAUUGCAAUAAUCUGAAAACAAUUUUCUUCAUAUCAAAUAACUUAUUAGAGAAUUUCUCAAUUAAUUCAUUUUCAGGUUGUAUAUCUCUUACUAACAUCACUGAUUUUUCAUCCGAUAAUUAUGAAUGUAAUUUUAACACGAUUUAUUAUAAAAACAAUUCAAAACUUGAUCUAGUUUAUCACGCGAGAAAUUCUUUAGAUAAAGUUCUUAUUGUAAGUUGUAAUACCAUUUGUAGAUUUUCGUUUAAUCAUAGCAACAAUAUUAAGAAUAUUAGCAUUUCACCGAAUAGUGUUUCUCAUAUUGAAGAAUUCUCAUUCAAUAAUUGUCCCCAACUCAGAUACAUUAACUUCCCUCUUUCAAUUCAAACAGUAGCUGCUUAUGCGUUUAAUGAAUGUAGAUCAAUACGAUGCCCUAUAAAUAUAGAGAAUACAAGUGUUGACUACCUUAAAAUGAUUUCAGAAUCAGGUAUUUCUUCAAAGCUUGUUUUUUCAUGCCAAUUUUUGUAUGAUUCUAACAGGCAAAAAGUUAAAUUUCAACUAUUUAAUAGUUCUGCAAAUCUUUUUUGGCGACAUCUUUCCAAUUAA